AGCUGGCGCUGGCCUCUGUCUCCGGCUUUGAACAGAGAGGGGGAGGAGCGAACGAGACUGGGCGAGGGAGGGAUAGGGAUCGGAAGCGAAUUCCCGGCCUCUGUCUGCCCCGCGACAGCGACGCGCGGGCGCGGGGCCGCGCGGCACAGCGCUCGCUCGCUAGCUAGCUAUAGAGACCAGGGGGGGAGGAGACUGGAGAGGGACAGGCCGCGCGCGCGCACGCCACCGCGCUCCAUUGGCCACGCCGUUGCCAUCAAGGCGAUUAAACUAGUCGAUCUCGCCCAGCUCGCCUUCGCCUGUGAUCGAUCGGGCUAGCUGCUGCCUCCCUUCCGUUCCUCCUCCUCCUCGUCUUGCCCAGCAGGCAGCAGCCUACUACUAGCUACUUCAGCGAGCUAGCUCGAGCUGAGGGAGUGAGCUCGUGAUCCGAGAGGCGUGCGUGCGUGGCCAUGGACGGCGAGGACGACGUGCCGGAGUGGAUGAUGGAGGUGGGCGGCGCUGGAGGCAAGGGAGGCAAAGGCGGCGGCGGCGGCGCGCUGGACAAGAACAAGAAGCGCUUCAGCGAGGAGCAGAUCAAGUCGCUGGAGUCCAUGUUCGCGACGCAGACCAAGCUGGAGCCCCGGCAGAAGCUGCAGCUGGCGCGGGAGCUCGGCCUGCAGCCGCGCCAGGUCGCCAUCUGGUUCCAGAACAAGCGCGCGCGCUGGAAGUCCAAGCAGCUGGAGCGCGAGUACUCGGCGCUCCGCGACGACUACGACGCGCUCCUCUGCAGCUACGAGUCCCUCAAGAAGGAGAAGCACGCGCUCCUCAAGCAGCUGGAGAAGCUGGCCGAGAUGCUGCACGAGCCGCGGGGCAAGUACGGAGGCAAUGCGGACGCCGGCGCCGGGGACGACGUGCGCUCGGGCGUCGGCGGCAUGAAGGAGGAGUUCACGGACGCCGCCGGGGCCGCGCUCUACUCGUCCGAGGGCGGUGGCGGUGGCAAGUUCGCACACUUCACGGACGACGACGUGGGAGCCCUCUUCCGGCCGUCCGCGCAGCCGACCGCAGCUGGCUUCACGUCGUCGUCGGGGCCGCCGGAGCACCAGCCGUUCCAGUUCCACUCCUCCAGCUGCUGGCCAUCGUCGACGACGGAGCAGACCUGCAGCAGCUCGCAAUGGUGGGAAUUCGAGUCCCUCAGUGAGUGAUCGAUCAUACGACGAUCACAAGCGGGUCACUCGGUUCAAUUCCGUCCAAGCACGUAAUUAAGGACGAAUACGAGUUCGUAGCAGAUCAUCAGCACAGAGCGACGAUGUACAUAGCUUCAGUAGAUCAAGGUCCAGGUCUGUCCAUCAAGCAGUUUCUUUCUUCGAUCUCGUCAUCGAUCAUCAUGCAUGCAAAAGAAUUUUUCUCUCCCACACGUCUUCCAUCCUUGUCGUCGCUGUCAGAUCAUGUAAUCCAGGAACAUGUAGAGAAAGAUCAAACGAGCUUAUAGAGAAGGUCACAUGCGAGCUAGUCAAUUUUAUAUAUUCGCCAAGCAUGUUCAA